GCUCUUGCGAACGCUGGGUUAGAGAGGCCGGAAGUGGUGCUGCCGUUGCUCGCAGUUUCAAAAUGCUGUGCAGGCCUUAGGAUCUACGACUGUCACCCCUCCCCCAGCUAGGAGGGGGGAGCGACUCAUGGAGCGGCCGUAAGUUUGCUAACUGCGGAAUCUUCACUGCCAAAAUGACAUCACAUUCCACCUCUGCCCAGUGUUCAUCGUCUGACAGUGCUUGCAGAAUUUCUUCAGAACAAAUCAGUCAGGUACGACCAAAGCUGCAGCUUUUGAAGAUUUUGCAGGCAGCAGGUGCUCAGGGUGAAGUAUUCACCAUGAAAGAGGUAAUGCACUAUCUAGGCCAGUAUAUAAUGGUGAAGCAGCUCUAUGACCAACAGGAGCAACAUAUGGUAUACUGUGGUGGAGAUCUUUUGGGAGAUCUACUUGGAUGUCAGAGCUUUUCUGUGAAAGAUCCAAGCCCUCUCUAUGACAUGCUAAGAAAGAAUCUUGUUACAUCAGCCUCUGUUAACACAGAUGCUGCUCAGACUCUCGCUCUCGCACAGGAUCACACUAUGGAUAUUCCAAGUCAAGACCGACUGAAGCACGGUGCAGCAGAAUACUCCAAUCCCAGAAAAAGAACUGAAGAAGAUGACAUUCACACAUUGCCUACCUCACAACGUAAAUGCCGAGAUUCCAGAGCAGAUGAAGACUUGAUAGAACAUUUAUCUCAAGAUGAGACUUCUAGGCUUGACCUUGAUUUUGAGGAGUGGGAUGUUGCUGGCCUGCCUUGGUGGUUUCUAGGGAAUUUGAGAAACAACUAUAUACCUAGAAGUAAUGGCUCAACUGAUUUACAGACAAAUCAGGAUAUAGGUACUGCCAUUGUUUCAGACACUACGGAUGAUUUGUGGUUUUUAAAUGAGACUGUGUCAGAGCAAUUAGGUGUUGGAAUAAAAGUUGAAGCUGCUAAUUCUGAGCAAGCAAGUGAAGUAGGGAAAACAAGUGACAAGAAGAUGGUUGAAGUAGGGAAAGAUGAUGAUCUUGAGGAGUCCAAGUCCUUAAGUGAUGACACCGAUGUGGAAGUUACUUCCGAGGAUGAGUGGCAGUGUACGGAAUGCAAGAAGUUUAAUUCUCCAAGCAAGAGGUACUGUUUUCGUUGCUGGGCCUUGAGGAAGGAUUGGUAUUCGGAUUGUUCUAAAUUAACUCAUUCUCUCUCUACAUCUAAUAUCACUGCCAUACCUGAAAAAAAGGACAAUGAAGGAAUCGAUGUCCCUGAUUGUAGGAGAACCAUUUCAGCUCCUGUGGUUAGGCCUAAAGAUGGAUAUUUAAAGGAGGAGAAGCCCGGGUUCGACCCUUGCAACUCAGUGGGAUUUUUGGAUUUGGCUCAUAGUUCUGAAAGCCAAGAGAUCAUCUCCAGCAGGAGACAACAAACAGAUGUUUUUUCUGAGCAGAAAACGGAAACAGAAAGUAUGGAAGAUUUCCAGAAUGUCUUGAAGCCAUGUAGCUUAUGUGAAAAAAGGCCUCGGGAUGGGAACAUUAUUCAUGGGAAGACGAGCCAUCUGACGACAUGUUUCCAAUGUGCCAGGAGACUGAAGAAGUCUGGGGCUUCAUGUCCUGCUUGUAAGAAAGAGAUUCAGUUGGUUAUUAAAGUUUUUAUAGCAUAAUUGAGUCAGUUGCAGAGAAAUACAAGGAGAACCAGGUCAUUUAUCAAAAAUCAGUAUUCCUAGAGGCAGGGGCAGAAGAUCACCAAUUUUGAUGCCACUCUGGGCCAUAUAAUGAGACCUUAGUCUUAAAAGGAUCAGUAUUGAGCAUCUUUUAUAAAUGUGACCCAUUGCAUAUGUUUAUUUAUAUAAGCAUCUAUGGAAUUUUAGAUUAGUUUUGAGGGUUUCAUUAAUGAGAAGAUACUUCUAUCACUUUGUUCUCCUUCCAAAUUGUAGACCCGAGAGGGAAUAAUACCAAUACAAACAUAGCAAUCAUUCUUUUAUUCACUUCAAAAUUGUUGCAAGAGUAAUACAUUAGUUGAUUUAUUCUCUACCCUGCUGUUAUGUAAUGUUCUUAAGGCAUCAAAGUCUAAAGCAGUUAUUUAAAAAAAAAAAAAACAAAAAACUAACUAGGGCUAACACUGAAGAGAAUAAAUGUGAUCAGUCGCUCAUUGUGUAGCCAACAAUAACCCUAAACUCCUGAUCCCCCUGUUUCUACCACCUGAGUACAUCUACUUAUAGGCUGCCCCACCAUGCCCAUCUGAAAUCUCUUAGUUUUAGAUCAAAUAAUGCUGGUGUACAUCUCUUCACAGCCUUAUUAGUUACCAGCUCUAAAAAGAAAAGGUACAGACUUUGUAGCCAACGCUUUGCAUUGUCUCUCAGAAGCUGGCUAGGUGUUUUGUAUUUUGUGCUCUGGAGUUGUUCACAUUCUAAGGCAGUGGCCUAUGAUAGGGCUUGAACAAGUGGAGAGAAGGGAUGUAGCAGCUGUGAAAGGGAGGAAAACAAAUUGAUCAGUUCUGCUUAGUCAUUUUAGACCACGUCAAUUUAGUAUAAUAAGAUCUUCAAACUGAAUCCCUUAUACCUGUUCCGUGUCCACUGAACCCAUGGGGUUCAUCUUGAUGUUUCUCCAGGGAUAUAAAUACAUCAUUUUAAAGACCAAGUCCCUAGAAUUAUUGAACUUGAGGGCAAUCUAGCUGUCUUGGCUUUUCCUAUAGCUCCUGCUGUUAGAAAGGGGGAGAUACAUGGUAUUCGGUCUCGUUAUGUCAUUAUGUUCCUGCUGGACUCAGACCACUGGGGCUCCUGUAAUUACUACUAAGAGGAGCUAUGUUAGCUUUUGGUCUUGCAUUGACCCCAUGGUCCCUGUCUGUCCCAUGCUCUACCAGUAGACCCAACUUUACCAAAUUCCCACUGGAUUAGUUAUAGUUACUCUUUAAUUGCUGUGACAAAGCACCAAUGCAAAAUAUAAAAGAAAGCAUUUAAUUGGGUUUGCCUUUGAGAGGGUUAGAAUCCAUGAUGGCAAGAACAGCUGAGAGCUCUUGAUCUGCAAGUAGAAUGCAGAGAAAUAGAGAGCCCUGGGAAACCCCAGGACCUGCCCCCAGACGAUCUACCGUUUCCACCAACUGGGGGCCAAGUAUUCAGACUUAUGAGCCUAUGGUUUAUAUUCUCAUGUAAAUCACCACAUUCUACUCCCUAGUCACCAUAGGCUCUUGGCCAUAUUACAAUGCAAAAUGCAAUUAGCCUAACCUCAAAACUCCUCAUAGUCUUUUUACUCUUGAUAUAAUUUAAAGUCAGAGUCGCUUCUGAACUCUUAAAGACAGUCUCAUAAUUGUAGCCCCCUAAAGAAGCAAAAAAGCAAAUUGUACAUUUUUUAACAUACAGUGACACAGAAUAUAUAUUACUAUUCCAAAAAGUUAUAUUUCAGAAAUAGUGAGAAAAUACUGGACCAAAGCUAGACUGAAACCCAGCAGGGAAAAUUAUAAGUUCCAUGACUCCAUGUCUGGUGUCAAAAAGUUUAGAGCUACCCUUUUGCAUUUGUUGACUGCAGCAUACUUGUCUGAUUCCAUUUCUUGUAUGCAGCUCUCCCUGGCUGAUAGAUAACACAUGGAUCUGACACCUCUAACACUCACAGGCUCCAGUACACUCAGGCCUCACCUUCACAGCACCCUGCACAAACUCCCCUGCAACCCACUGGGUGACAUUAGUGAUCCCUUAACUGUGGAGGAAGGUUCCACAGCCCUUUACUCAUGUACCCUUCAUGAAUCUAAAGCCAGAUGGCAUUGCCAACUUCUGUGGGCUGGAGCCUGACCUUGAAUCACUCCCAGCAGGGUUCAUGUGCUAUUGCCUUUUAGGAGCAGAGAGUUCUGUAGGCCUUUUCCUUUCAUAAGUUGGAAGUUUAACUGGGCAGGGUUUUAUCCUGGGCAUCCCUCUCUUUAUCUGGCCUCUCCUUAAUCUCUAUCUCUGUGAGCACAAGUCUUGGCUCCAACAUUAACUUUCCUGCUGCUCUUUCCUUUUUUAUUGUAGUUCUGCAUGAAAAGAAUUAGUAAUUACUCUGCUUUAGAGACUGUAUUAUUAGGCUUUUUGGAAAUCUUCCUCUAUCCAAUAAAUUAGUCUAUUACUUUUCACUUCAGGCAUAGGCAAAUUCUCAGGACAAGGGUAGAAGACAGCCACAUUCUUUACCAAAACAUAACAAGAAUAAGUCUUUAGCCAGUUGCUAAUAAUUGUUAUACCCUGCAGCCUCUUGAUGUAGGCUUCCACAGAUCGCACCCUCAGCACUCCUGUCUUCUAGGCUUCUGCUGGGCCCAGUAAGCUCUGCUUACAGCCUUGAACCCUUUCUUUUGGUCCAAAGUCCCAGAGUCUUCCACAUUCCUCCAAAAAACCACAUGGUCAGGUCUUUCACAGCAAAGGUCCACUUCCUGAUACCAGCUUCUGUGUCUUGGCUACUCCUCAAUUUCUGUGACAAAACACCCCGACCAAGGCAGACUAUAGAAGAAAGCAUUUGUUGGGUUUAUAGUUUCAGAGGGUUUUAGUUCAUGAUUGAACAAUUGAGAGCUUACAUCUUGAUCUGCAAGUAGGAGGCAGAGAGAGAAGCCUGGGAAAGGAAUGGACUUUUGAAACUUCAAAGCCUUCACCUUGUGACACACCUCCUAACAAAGCCACAUCUCCUAAUCUUUUCCAAAUAGUUUUCCAACUGGAGACCAAAUAUUGCAUGAGCAGAAGGUAGCAUUCUCAUUCAAACCACCAGUUUGACAAGGAGCUCUUUCCUAGCCAUGGCUUGUCAUUGCUCCCAGUUGGUCAUUUCACAGUUGUAGCAAACAUAAGUAGGAUUUGCCUUUCCUCAGUGGAAAGUCCUUGCUAUUAUGGAUCUUCUGCUUGUAUUGAAAAUCCUGCAGCUCUUGUUGGGCUUGAUUUGUAUUCUCUUUGGGGGACUGAUAAGAGACUGAUCAACAUCCACGUCUCCAUGGUAGUGAGAAAAAAGUAGCUUAGAGGGAUCAUGGAUGUCGUCAGUCACAGUCCCUACUUGAGAAUAGGCUAUGAUAUCUCUGACCCUGGACAUGGGCUUCCUGGGUAGAAUUGGGUCAGUAAGAUGUUUAAUUCCAAGCACUACAUUCAAAAUAGGAUACAUCAUAUAGUACGUCAGUUUCAUUCUAAUGCUUCUCUUAGUCCUUUGGGGCUGAGUCUUGCUGUUUUACCAUGACUGGCCUGGGCUUUACCCUAUAUCUCAGGCUGGCCUAAGCUUUGCAGUGACCUUCCUGCUUUUGCCUCUGGAGUGGUAGAAUUUUAGGCAUGUACUGACUAAAUUUCUUAUUUUGCUUUUCAUUUAUGUUAGUUUUUGUUAUACUAUCUUGGACAAAAAGUGCAGAACAGAGAUGAUGGAUUAUUAGGAGAGUCUCCAGGGUUUCACUGUUAACGUGUUCUUCACGGGAUUUCAUGGUCAUUAAUGUGCUUCUGUUUACUACUGUGCCAGAUGAAAAAUUCAGAGCAAGGCUUCACACAGGUAUUAACUGCCUCCCUAGCCCAUUUAGGAUGUAGUAGAUUUAUGAUUUGAGGGCUGGAACUGAUAGAUUAGAGCAGCCAGACUUGCCUCUUACCUGCCACAAAAUUGUAUAAUAGAUCAUUGUACUGCCAAGCAUUUGUGACUAUGUGGAUAUGUAUUCAUUGUUUAUGUAUAUUUAGAUGUAUGUGAUACUUUGCAUGGUUUGAAAGAAUUUAUUCUGAAAGCCAGGAUCAUUUGUAACCGUUGUGUUCAAUGUAAUGUUGGGGCCUUUGAAAAGUUGAUUGAGGAAUUGGGGAGCAUUCCCAGUUCUCUAAUGUUACCUGUUUAGUUCUCUUUAGCAAGAAAGACACAUUUGGACCAGCUGUUUAGCUGUUUUGUUUUGUUUUCUGUUCCCAUGAUAUUCUGUGAACCUCCAUGGCUUUAGAUACUGUGACUGUUAUUUUCCCUUUAGCCCAAAUUGUUGAUUCAGUCUAAAGAAUACUAUUUUUUGAUGCCUCUUACAUUCAUGCAUGUGCACACUGUCUAGAUUGAUGCUACCUUUGCUAAAAAUGUCUUAAGAUAAAGAACUAGCUGUUUAGAACCUGCACUUCAAAGAUAAAGAAACCUGGAAGUUGUCCUCUGUGCCAAAAGUAAAGUGUACAAUGUUUACAGAUGGGUGGGAUUCUGCACUGCCACAGGGAACGAGGUGAGCUUGUGUCACCAGAUUCCUCAGACUUAUGAGUAGAUAGUUGCGGUUAAGCUUAUGAGAGGAACUGUUGAGCCCUCUAAGGCUAAGCUGGUAAUGAGUACCUGAGACAGGUGGUUGAUUAAAGUGAUUCCCUAGACUUAUCUUGGGUCUUUCUGUUGACAGUUCUUCAUGGUUUGCAGAUACUGUAUGCUUUCUUUAGAGGAGCUGCCAGCUCUCCCCUCUUGUAAAAGACUGUCUUGUAGACAUUUUGAGAUCUUUUCAUGAAAUGUGCAAUCCCAGGUAAUGCCAUUAUUGGUGAAUGUAGCAUUGUUAAACUCUUAUUGUAAUUUAUUUCUGAUCUUCUCUUGAUAGCCUUAGGUUUUUUUUUUUUUUUUUUUUUUUUUUGG